UAUUGGACGCUAAUUGCACGAUGACCUAAUUGCUCUCUUCAAUACGAAUGUUCGAAGACGACGACUGAGAAAAGAAAAUGGUUUUACUCAUUCUAAAAACGGAACUUACUGGAAAAUAAAGAACUCGUGCAUCUCCCUAAACCGUUCGAUACUUUAUCACUCGUGACGAUCAUGCGAUGGCGCAGUCGGUAUGUACGGAUUCCUAACGUACCGUCCGCGGCCCGCCUCUGAUCUGUGAUACGUCUGGAUCUAUUUCGACGUAUUCAGCGCGUGCUUAACAUUCAUCAGAGAUUUGGUCCCAUCCAUCCGAUUUUCCCGGAGUGUUGAAUCUGGUCCAAAUUUGUGCUUCUCCAAUAAUUCGUGCUCCAACCCUUAUCGUGUUCUUCAUCACUGUGAUCUUCUCGCUCCGUGGUGUUCAACAGGAUUCCUUGCCACAGUCCCGGUCUUAUUGGUUGACUGGUUGAUCUCUCGGCCUUCAGAUUAUUCGGAAGGUAGGAGGUAUGGCUCAUAGGGAUGAGAUUCAGGUGCUGAAGGCCAGCCGUAGAGGCUUCAAGGCCGCCUUAACUAGAGCAAGGAAUGUGGCUGAGUCGGCUCUUGAAGAUUUCUCGGUGGGUGAUGAUCCAGUUCUAUUGGAGAAUUUCAUUUGUCACUGGGAUGAGCGUUUGCACAAAUAUUUGAAUGCUGAAGAUCAGGUGAUCUGUCAUCUUUCUUCCGAUGUGAAGGAUGCAGACCCGGCCGUGGACGAGCAUACGUCAGCCUUUAUUAAGGCAAAAUCACAAGUAACCGGUUUAUCGAGGGAUUUUGAUGCUAUUCGGCUUAGGAAUUUGACAGUUCCGAUCCAGACGAGUUCAGGUUCUAAUCAUGGCCAUGGUCAAACUACCCCCGGACUGCCCAGAAUCGAUGCCAAGAGGCCUCCGGUUCUUCAAGAGGAUACUGACCACAAGGCUUUCACGCGGUGGCGUCCUUUGUGGAAUAAUUAUUCCCGUCUCACAUUUCUAGAUCAGCGCGAUCAGGCAAUCCAAGUUGGACUCUUUUGGGAGUGUUGCAGUGGUGGAUUUUUGAGAAUCGUUAAUCACUCAUUGGGCAUUCGAACUGACACUGGCCGUCCCGUGAAAGAGAUUCUGGAUCUUAUCGAGGAUCAUCUCCGCAGUUUACGAAAUGUCCAUUUGGACAUGCGUGAUCUCCUGGCCGUUCGUCAGAAAGAGGGUCAGGACUAUACCUCAUUCUGCAAUAUAAUUAGAGAACUCUCCGAUUAUGCAGAUGCUUCCAAAGUCACAGAAGAUCGUCUUCUAAUUGCGCUCUUAUUACAGGGUAUGAGAAAUGAUUCUGACAAGGCCAAGAUAAUGGAACGGAAUCCGAACACGUUCGAUGAAGCCCGGAGAUAUAUCCUUGAGUUGGAGACCGCUCGUAAAGAAAACAUUCUCGUGAGGAUUGCCCCGCUGCGAAGACUUCUUGUCAUGGUUGUGGUCGACUUGGACAUUGGAAACCGGUUUGUCAACAAAAAGGGGACAAGAAAGCAAGCAGUAUCAAUCUCCGUAUUGCAUCGGCAUCAUCCCCGAACCACGGGAACCGGAUCGAUAUCUUGGUAUCACCUAUUGGAUCAAAUGAGACCACAAACUUGCAAUUUUGUGCUGAUACCGGAGCCGAUGUUGUCAUCAUGGGUAUGAACCAGUUCCGAAGUUCGAAUUUAUGUCAGAUGGUUCCCGUUGAUUCUCAUUUUGAUAAUAUAAACAUCUCUGGUGUUGAUGGGCGUCCUCUUGAUCUUUUUGGCACAUUCAAGACAGAUUUGUCCGUGGACAAUAUUCAUCAAGCCCAGGACGUGACAGUCGUUGUCAGUCCCGAUUUGGACGACGCAUAUUUGAGUUUGGAUGUGUGUAGAGAACUUGGAAUUGUUGGUCCACACAUUCCACAUCCAAAAAUAUCCCAUAUCGAGUCAUGCCCUUCUCCAAAUCCGGAACCACAUGUAUGGCCGUUGAAUGAGCGAGAGAAGUGGAUUGCUUCUUUACCUGUGAUUCCUGGAAAAGAAGAUUUCUUAUAUGUGGAAGCUAAAUUAAAAUCUGUUUACAGUUCUGCCUUUGACGAUUCGUGCCUCAAACCUUUACGCGGUCCAAUU